GUACCAACGUCCUUCAUAAAUGGCAGUCGGACCCUCAAGGAGAAAAUUCAUCCUCUUUUUCAUGAACAAGUUUACAUCUUAGGGCAGGAAGUUUUAAGUAAAUAACAAAAUUGUAUUCAGAAUAAAAGGACAUCACAUUUUUUCAAUGGAUAAAUCAUAAUGAGAAAUAAAACACCAAUGAGUUUAUUUCAGGUUGUCCUUUGAUUGACAAUUGUAAUAGAGUUCAUAAACUGUGAGUUUGAAAUAAUGAAAGCUCAUUUAUAAUGAUGAAACUUUUCUUGUCAACAGAUUAUGAAACAAAGCAAGUUUGAAACACCCUUUUUUACAGAGAUUUGAUGCCAGAAUAAUGAAGUUUGAUAUAACACUCAGUAGAAAAUACCCUUAAAUUCCAUGCCUCAUAACAAUCUGGGUACCACUGGCUUUGGCCAAGAAUGUGAGCUACCAGGGGUGUUAAUAUCAUUGACCGAUCAUAUCAUUUAUAAAUUGGUAUUAUUUACAUCAAAGAUGCUUACCUAAAAACUUAUGUUUAGCCAGGGUUGAUAACUCUUGCCUCAGGCAGACUUUGCCUUUGAAAUGUACAAAGCUGUAAAUUUCAUAUCUUGUGAAUUAAUUGUCAACAGAUUAGUUUGUAUGUAAAUUUUUACACCUUUGUGAUGUUUUAUUAUGAUGGAUGUUCAGUAUGUUUUGUUGUAAUUAAGACCAGUAUCUUUAUUUUUUGUGUCCUAUGGGUAUGUAUCUAAUAUGUUUAUUAGCAAAAAAUAUUUGGGUACUUUCCUUUGAAGUAUAGAAAUUAGGAGUCUGUGGGUAAUAUAAAAAUGUAAUUUUUUGUUACCCAGGUUUUUAUUAGGUGUACACUUCAUUUACAAUAGCUUAGUGGUUGCAUGAAACGAAACUGGGUUUUGUGUUAACUCAUCGGAAGUAGGAUUAACAGAAGUGUUAAAGUAAGUGAUUUUUAAAGAUGUGUUUGAUUCAGAAGUGUUAUUUUAGAAGAUUUUGUGGGGAAAUCAAUCACGGGCAGACAAUGGUACACACAGGAAUGUAAUUUUCCUAUUAAAUUAGAUAAGAGACUGCCAAGAUUAUGUAAUUCCAAUGUUUUUGUGAACUUUAAAUAUCUUUUUUACGGAUAUUUACUGGGUUUUUUUAGCACAAACUUGUUUGCUAUUUCAGUGGUUUUCUUCAAUUGGUUGUUGGCUACAGAUUAUCUUUACAUUUAUCAGGCAAAUUUAGAACAGGUAUGUAAUGUUUACACGAAAUGUAAUUUUAAAAAAAGUUUUGAAAGCAUGUUUGAUUUUGGAUUUUAUUUGUGUCAUCAUUUCUGUUUUGCUCAUUAGAUAACACGAACUGCGUAGAUGAUGCUUAAGACAAUUGAGCAGAUGUUUCAUGUUUUAGAAUCUAGGAUCCAGGCAUUGUUUCAACAAUGUAGUCAAUUAAAAGCUGCAAUUCAUUUUUACCGUGCAAAGCCAAAAUCAACCAACAUUCAAAUUUCCAUCAAUAACAUGCAAUCUUCAGGUGUUAAAAUUGCUCUUACGAGGCAAAGGAUCAAACAGGAUUUGUCCAAGAACAAACACAGGGCUCAUGUAGGCUUAGAUUGCCCUCUCCCACCUUGCCCAGCAAGCUAAAACAAUAAGGGUAGGUCGAUACCAGGAAUUAGCAUUCCAUGUAAGCCAUACAUUGUCCAUGUACAGGGGAUACAAGCUGAGAUAAUGAAGGAAUGACUUGUGGAAUCAACUCUACCCCAGAAAAUGAAAAGUCUUCUUCGUGGAAUUAUUGUCCAAUCUUUUGUUUGCUCUAUGAUUGAGUCCACCUCAUUUUGAUAACAGGGUUGGGUCCUUGUGUGUCAUUUCUCGGAGGUCCAUUAUAUUUCUGUUUUUGAAGUUAACUAUAUUGAACUCUCUAGCAUUGUGCUUAGCAACAUACAUAUAUAAAUUACAUGUAAAUCUUCCUUUAAAAUGAUUAUUUAAAAGUUACAUGAAGAUGAAGUGGGGCCAGGAAUUCGGUAAAAGUUUGUCAAAUUGUUCUGGGUCAAUUUAUGAGACAUUUUAAUUAAAUUGUCUGGCCAUGGUCAGCAAACACUUAUAUCAGUGGUCAAUGGCUAGUUACCUGUAUCUGUGGUGUAUAUUUCACACCAGUAAUCAGCUGAUUAUUAGGAAAUGGAUAGAUGGACAAUUUUGUUGGGAUCCCAAUCUCCAGGGUCAUGGUGGAGUGUCUUGAUACAGUGAAACUUAAUGAUGACAGGUCUUAUCUGAGGGGGAUUCUUGAUACAAGGAAAGGAUGAGGGGCACCUGCCUUCUCUGACCUGAGUUUAAAAUACCUGACCAUUGUUUCCACUGUGGCACUAGUCUGUGGUAUUUAGUUCCUGAUAUUGAUACUUGGUGAUUGUCCAGUGAAAGUUGUUAAGGAAAUGGAGUUUUUUCUCUGAAGGGUAGAGCUAGACCACUAUUGCGUCACUUCAUGAUAAAGAAAUGACUGAUCUAAGUUUUUCAAAAGGCUAUGGAGCUGACUGCAUAUAGCCGACAAGUGAUUCACCUCGCCAUGAUAAGCUUAGAAGAAAUAAUUGUAUAAACCAUCUGUCAAUACAACUAAAACCAUUUCUGAGUGUAUUUGACAAACCAGGGGCUUAUGCACACUUAAAUAGGGAAAUCAGAGCUGUAAAAAGUUCAUGAUGGAGAUUUCUAAGGCAAACAAAUUGUCCAAUAAUGGGAAAUCUUAUUUCCCCGCAAGAUUUUGAUCGUUACCUCUGGUGAAAUUGUAUUACAGUAUAUACUCGCCAAUAAGUCGGUAUGUUUUCCUAAAACUAUGCUAUGAUUUAGGUACCAGCAUAGAAUAUACCAUAUUGCUUAAUCACUAUUAAAGGUGAGACUGGUCAAGUACAAAAGAUUAUGUAUUAUCCCUCUAAUGAUGAGCUUACUCGCGACCAAUUUGACUUUGGGAUAUCCCUGAUACCAUUAAUCUAACACGGACGGCGUCAUUACCAUUUCCGUCUUUGUUCCAGAAAAAGGGAGUGUAACGGUCUCGUAACUGCUGUGGAUACGGACAGUCCAUACUAGUCUGACAGAGUGGAUCCAUAUAGUAAUGUAGCAAUAUGUGUUACUGUGACAGGCCCAUUCAUACAAGUCACUUCUUCAUUAUAUGUAUAUACAAAGUUUGAUGUCUGUUUAAAUGAGACAGGUUUAUUAGGAAGGGUAUUGUUUUUGUUAUAGGACAAUACCUGUUGGAACCCAAUAAACUGAAAACUUGAACUCUAAGUAAGAGACCUGUUUGUUUUAAAACUGUGAUCAUUUUAUAGGUUCUUAUUGAGUAAACUUGAACAAUGUCAGAACGUAUCACCAAAUCUUAUAAAUGUUAUUUCUGUAUGUGGCACUGCUUUAUUGAAUUUUUGUCACCCUAUCUGAUAUGGAGGUGAUUUUUUGGUAGAGUUGGCCUUUGUUGAGACGGAAGGAAUUGUUCACGGCAAUAAUUCCUCACAUCAAGAUUAGCAGCUUUCCUUAUACCACUGUAUUAGGAGAUUUACACUGCAUGAAUGAUACGGUUCUAAUUCGGUUCUAAAGCCUUAACCAGAUGACUAAUAUGUAGUUUCAGUGGCACAAAGCUGUUUUUGAGAUCUAUUCUUAGUGGGGAUGAACCAAGCAAAAGCAUUUUUCAGGGUUUUUAUGUCUGUUUGUGUAAUGUUGACGGACAAACUAGCAUCCAAAAUGCAAUGGCUGUGACGAUUUUUACUCCUUCAAGGGGAAAGUUAAAUUGAAAUUUUAAGGACUUUUCUUUUCAUCUAUUUGAUAUGGGCUGUGAGGUGAAAAGUUGAAAAAGUAGCCAAUUCCAGCUGUAAUUGAGUGAUUUGAUGGAAAGGUCUUCUCAUUUUAAUGACCAUUUUCUUUGUAUUUCACCCAAAUUUUGUAUCUUUUACAAGUUAUUAAGAAUUUACGGUUUGGAGUGUCUUUCAUUCCUUCUCUUUGUUCUGCCCAUAUGAGCUACUCUGAAUGGCUAGGAAGAAGUAUUGAAAAAAUAUUGAUGAAAUUUUCAUCAAUUUUCUUGAAACCGAAGCAGCUUUGUACCAUGUUUUUACUUAAAUUUAUUUAGGUUUUAUCCAUUUCAUGAUUUCUAUGUGUUGUUUGGUGGUAGGGUGUUGAAAUUUCACAGCUUACAGUUAAUAUUUGUACAGGUGUAUAUAUACUGGUUAAUCAUUGAAAGUGUGUGCUAUGUCUGUCACAUUACAACUUCACUAUCGGAAGCAUUCUUUGCUUUUUAUCCACUGAUAACCCUAGAAUUUUUCUUUCACACCAGACCUUCACAAUUCAGAUGUCCAGAGAAAAUAGGCAUGGUUCAGACUUUUACUUAUAUAAUACAAAUAUCAACACAUAGGUAUUCAGGUGAAAUUUUGAGCCACCUGGAUAUCUAAACAAUGACUUAAGAGUUUACUUUUUUCUAUUCAUAUGCCACACUUUGCCGUAAUGGUCAUCAAUUUCUUUGCCCCUGAAAAAUUGUUUAUUUCAUUGAAGGUGUCAAGUCUUGAAAGAAAUGGUCACAAAAUUGCUUCUUGGUCAUUUAAGCAAGUAAAUAGGUUUUAAUGUGACCAUGAAUGCUGACUUUCGUGAUAUUGUGUUUAAACAAUUUAAUUCAAUUAAAAUUAUAAAAGACUGUUUCGUGUACCUGCUUAUAAGUAAAUUGGUUUAUUUAUUUCAGUAAAGUGGGUCCUUCAUUUCGCUCUUUGGGUGACACUCUUUCAAUCGAAGUUUUGAUUAUAUUUACAUUUGAAGAAAUGGCACUGUAAACACUUAAAAUUUUGGUUGAUUGGGUCCUUCUGUCUUUAUACAUAUACACACAGUCCUGGUGGUUUUCUUUUCAAGCAUACUCUUGAAAAAAAAAAUAGUAUCUUUUGUCAAAAAAAAAAAAAAGAUGAACCGUCAUAUAUCUCUUUUUUGAUAAAUCAGAUAUUCUUAUAUUCUUUUCCGAAAUUUAUUGGUAUUUGAUUUUCAAAACAUAAUAUUAUUUAUAUAGAUAAAUACUGUGGUCAAAUUUAAUAUAAAAAUAGCAAUAUUAGACAGAAAUGAAUAGCACUUUCUUAACUUUAAUAUAACAAAGAGAUACAAACUUUUCCCGCAUAAUUUUGGGAUCUCGGCUUCAUGAGGUUUCAUUGAAAAAAACAUAAAGGGUUGCUAGAUUACAGUCACAAAACUGUGGAUAUAUAUUUCAAGCUUUCUGCGACAAAGUGGAAAAUUCUUACAAACAAGCAAUUGAUAUUUUACAGUUUGCAGUAGAGUGAUAGACAGGGAAGCAUGGCUUCUGUUGAAGUUUGUGACAGUCAUCACUGAGGGCAUCAAACCGUUCAUUAGCAUACCCCAACACCAGGACCCACAGGGGUGUCGGGACUCAAGUAGAUCGUGCUCAACGGAAAGAGGGAAAUCUUAAUUUUAAUGGAGAAAAAUCAAGUGGCUGACACAUUGUAACCAGGAGAAGCAUGGCAAACAGACCCACAAUGGGCUCAGUGCUGAGAAACUCGUGGAUUCUGUGGAUCUUUGUAACUAGUUGUGGAUCUGUUGAUAUUGUAUAUAAUAUCACAGAGGAGCAGGGGGCCAAUGUGACACUUGGGAACAUUUUCAUCGAUGCCAGACUCGGGGAAUUUCAUAAUGAAAGUCAUACGGACAAAUUGAAAUACUCAUUUCUUAGUCCAUCACCUCAUUAUUUUGUCAUAGAUCCUGAAACCAGCAAUUUAAAAACAGCAGAGAAUUUGGACAGAGAGAAAAUUUGUCCUUACAAAGAAGAUUGUACAAUUCCAUUAGAGAUAGCAGUUCAGUCUGAAAUUGCAGCAUUUUUCGAGAAAAUCCAGAUCAUGGUGAAUCUUUUAGAUAUCAAUGAUAAAACACCAGCAUUUCCUCAGUCUUCCACUGAUCUCAAGAUUUCAGAAGGUGCUGUACUGUCCAAAAGUUUUGUCAUUGAUGGAGCUAUUGACCAAGACAGUGAAGAAUUUUCUGUAAAAAGAUACCAAGUAAAACCAGAUGGAACUCCAUUUGAUGUCAUUUUCUACAAAAAUCUGGAUGACAGUUUGUCAGUGAAAUUAGUGGUCAAUCAAUCUUUAGACAGAGAGAAAAGAAGUCAUUAUGAUAUUCAGGUUCUGGCUUAUGAUGGUGGUUCUCCUCCAAAAGUUGGAAUGAUGCGAGUUAACAUAACUGUUGAUGAUAUCAAUGAUAACAGUCCAGUGUUUGAUAAUUCCAAUUAUAAUGUGAGCGUCAAGGAAGAAAUUGCAGUGAAUUCUACCAUUCUUCAAUUAAGAGCCACUGACAAGGAUAUUGGCAAAAACAGUGAAAUUUUAUAUAAAAUCAGCACGAACCAACCAGAAAAAGUACAAGAACUGUUUUUCGUAAAUGAAAACACUGGAGAACUUAAAAUUGCAAAACAGUUGAUCUAUGAGCCGAGUGAGAAGUAUAGAUUGAUUGUUGAGGCAUAUGACAAAGGGGAACAACCCUACAUGACCCAGGCUUUUGUAAAUGUCUAUGUACAGGACUCUGGCAACAAUCCUCCAGAAAUUAAGAUCAACUUGCUGACUGAUUCUGAUCGUGCCCAAGUGUCAGAAUAUGCCAACAGGGGAGCUGUAGUGGCCCAUAUCCGAGUGAUUGACAAUGAUGCUGGGGCAAAUGGCAUUGUCAGUUGUAACAUCAGCAACAAUCAGUUUACACUUCAGAAGCUGGAGGUCCAGGAAUAUAAAGUGACAGUGGAUAAACCAAUGGACCGUGAAGCUAUGGAUGAACAUUUUGUGAUUAUCAGAUGUCAAGACAUUGGUACACCACCCCUUAGUUGUAAUGCAAGUUUUAGAGUGCAAGUCACUGAUGAAAAUGACCAGGCUCCCAGAUUUUCUCAAAAUGAAUAUCAUGCUAAAAUUCCGGAAGGCAACAAACCAGGAGAUGCCAUCAUUCAGAUUUUAGCCACUGACAAUGAUCUUGGCGACAAUGCUAGGAUUCAUUAUAAACUUCAUGGCGAUGCUGGUGCUGACGUCACGGUGGAUGCAGACACUGGGACAAUCCGUGCCAACAAGGUAUACGACAGAGAGACUGUGCCGCAGUAUCGCUUUCAUGUUUACGCCGUGGAUUCUGGAGAUCCCCCACGCUCCUCCACUGCCACCAUUGUUGUGAAUAUCCAGGACAAAAACGACAACUUUCCCGAAUUUACACAGACUCAGAUCAGAGCUUCUGUACAAGAAAAUGUGCCUUUUGAUACUUUCGUUCUUCAAUUGACGGCCACUGACAAGGAUUACGGAGAUAAUGGAAAAGUUUUAUUCUCUCUUCCUAAGCAUUCAGAGGUACCCUUUUUCCUGACUCCCAAUGGAACCCUGGUAGUCAAUGGGAAUCUUAAUAGAGAGGUGAAAAAUAGGUACACAUUUACAGCCAUUGCUUCAGAUUAUGGCAACCCUCCCAACAGGAACUCAGUGGCUGUUCAGGUGGAUAUCACAGACGCCAAUGACAAUGAACCAAUCAUAGUGUUCCCCAAUGCUUCUAAUGACACUGUUAAAGUAUCGGUCAGCUCAACACUGAAUAUGAUGGUGGCCCAGAUUCAAGCUUACGACAUAGAUGAAGGAGAGAAUAAAACUCUUGUGUACUCCAUAGCUGGCAGGAAUGAUUCGGACAUCUUUAAUAUCAAUAGUUUGACUGGGGAAGUCAUUGUGGCCAGGCCUUUGCAUGUUAGAUAUGUGGCCAGUUACUUUCUCAGAAUUGCUGUUUCAGAUAAAGGAAUCCAGCCUCUUACAAAGUACGAGAACUUACAUUUGGUGGUUGUGAAAACAAAUACCACCACAUCUGUGGCGACACAUUCUGAGGGAGAUGAUGAGCUAAACAUGAGAAUCGUGGUAGCAGUUGUGGUGGUCACGCUCGUCUUGUCAACAUCCAUUCUUAUUACAAUAUUUUUUGUAAGGCGAAGAGAUUUGAAAAGAAAGGAGUUAAAUGCACGGACUGAAGCAAAAGCAAAUGCAAAUACUUGUCCAAAAGUGUAUUUAGAUCCUCCAAAGUAUGUUGCUCCAGGGCAGAAUGUUAGCAUGUUCUACAGUGAUGAAGCAGAGGGGGUUAGAAGGAACGGCCAGAACAUGUAUCAGUUACCAGAUCCUGCAGUCGGCCGGGACAAACACAGCAGAAGUGAAUCACCCAACGACGAGGCCCGGCAGUCAGAGUUAAACAGAAUGGCUUCCAUUAGACUUCACCAAAAACUGGUCCAGUCUCAUGACAAACAGUGGCCAGGGCACAGCUCAGAGCUUAACAAAGAAAGACCAGACAAUCACAGUGACACCUCAGGGGAGACAAUCCAGUCUGAUAGUGGUGUAGGAAUCAGUGAAGGAGAAACCAGAAGCACCAUGUCUCACUCUCAUCACACAGAUGAUAUUCGAAGCAAGUUUGGUCCCUCACAGGUUGGAAGAAGAGGAACACCCCCAAACCCCAGCCAUAAUCUUCAUUAUCAACAUCACCCAUACUCCCAGCCACCCCCUCUGUAUGAGAAUUUGGUGGAGCUACAGCAGUACCCCAGACUAUUGGGGGACACAUCACAUCAUCUUCCUGUUCAUGUGAGGACAUUUUACCAGCCCAAGGCUUCCACAAGUCCUGCAUCAUCCAUCCCGUCGUACAGACACUUCUCCAGUGGAAUAUAUGCAGCAAGAAGUGUAGAUGAAACUUUAGACAGCGUUGCUACGGGUUACGAUGAUGAUGACACUACGACAUCCGGCAGCUACACAAUCGAUGCGGAUGAAUAUCCAAUUGAAGUACGCAUUCAAAAAGUGCCGGAUGUUUUCGUAUGAUGAUGUUAUUAUAUUAUCUCGUGUGUUCCUCAGAUUCUAGUCAAGAAGUCAUUUCUCAGAACAAAAACUUCACAAUCUAAAACAGAGUGCUACACAAUACAGAAACUUGUUAACCAAGAUUUAUUUUUGUUAUGCAAUAUUUUACUGGGGACUUGUGUUAUUGAUCUGCAUAAUGUUCAAUGUUCAUGGUGUAUUAUUACACAAAUUUUUUUUUUUCGAGAUGCAUUUAUGGGUUCACGUACAAUCCAAUUUGGGUACAAUAUUUACAUACAUGUUUAUCAUAAACAAAAUGAUCUCUUUGGACAGAAAAGUUCUCAUGAAAAGUAUUAACCAUUCAGAUUUUCAACAAACUGUGUAUUUAUCAACAAAUUGAAAGCUAUUUAAUUGUUACAAACAGUAUAAAUCAAUCAAAUUUGCUGUAUUUAACAUCAAAUUCUAUAUUGAUAUAGGGCAACAGACAUAAAAAAAUUCUUGCAUUGGGAAACAUUUUCUUAUGAUUUUGUCACGGCAACAAAUUGUUGGCAGCAUUGUUUAUAUGACCGAAAUGCAUUUAACUUGUUUUUACUUGUAUAUUGUUAUUUUAUUUGCUGUAAGCAAAUAUAUAUUUUUAUACAAAAAUAUGAAAAAUAAAAGUUAUCAAUGAUACAA